AUGGCCUGGAGUGGACGCGAUCGUGUUUUUGAGUUUGAAGAGGAAGACGGCGACAGAACUCCUGCACAUAAAUCACUCACUCAAAGUGUCAUACAGUCAUUCCAGAUCAAGCAAGGGAAAAAAAAAAAUAAUAGCACAAUAAUUGAAACAUUACACCAUUUACAAACAACGAGAGAACCAACCCCAAAAUGCCGCUCACUCACACGCGAUCUUGGUGUCGAAACUGCUGAGACAUAUGGCGAACGCCUGGAAGGCAGAGAUCGGAUAUCGAUAAUCCAUGGUGAAAACAUCUUUCCCAACCUUCCCAAACUGCAAAAUCACCCUAUCAUGCUCUGGGCCCGAAAGCCCGUUCUCGGGAGAUGCAACAAGCUGGAAAUUCUUGACAGAGGCCACCGUAACCCGUCCAUGGAAAUUCAAGCACCAACACUGGAGCUGCUCGUGCCACCGAGGGGCCUUGUUUCUCAACACAAGUGA